CAGAAGACAUUUCAGGCUGUUCAGUGUAGGAUGUUCAUGUUUUCUAUUGAAUAAAGUAAAGAAGUUUGUCUGAAAGCUGCUGACUGGGUCAACAGAGGCUGAACAGUGAGGAGACAUGGAAGCUGUGGUUGGACUGUUGCUGAUACUAUUCGGAGUCUCUCAUGGUGUUGAAACCCACUGUGAUGGCAGACAGGAUGGAGCUCAGUGUUAUGGAGCUCUGGGAGGAACUGUGGUGCUCCAGCUGAUGGACAACACCUCAGAAAUAUUUAAAUACCAACGGAAAAAAAACCAAAACACAACAAUACUUAAUGUGAAAGAGGAUAAGAUUGUGUCUAAUGAGAUGAAGGACAGAUCCAUCUUUACUCCCAGUAAUGGAACAUUUAGGAUAAAUAACCUGAGCAGGACUGAUGGUGCUGAAUAUACCCUUAAAACCUUUGAUUCAAAUGGACGGGAAUUAGAACAGCGGACUCUUCAGUUGUCUAUUCAAGCUCCUGUGUCCUCUGUCCUGCUGGACUCUGAGUGUUUGUCCCAGAGAGAGAUGAGGGUGUCCUGCUCCUCUGAGGGAGGGGACAGUCCGCAAUACAGCUGGACUCUGGAUGGACACACACUGACAGACGCUCAGCUCCUCUCUGGAAAUAAAGAGACCAACAACAUCACUCUGAAACAAGACGUCUCAGGACUACUGGUCUGCUCGGUCAGGAAUCACGUCAGUAAUGUCUCGAACGAAACAAAGAUAUCUACGUGUGGCUUCAUAUUCAUCAACUGCACCUUACCCGACGGGACAAACAUAUCACAGUGGGUGUUUUCAGCCAAUAACACCCUGUGUAUUGAUCCAACAACAACCCCUCCCAUGAUCACAGACAUUACAGUAAUGGCUGGUGUUCUCUCAGCGCUAGUAAUUCUGUCAGUAGUCGGGGUGGCAGUCGUCUGUAGUCACAGGAAAAAGCAAAACAACAAACCUAAAGGAGAAGAAGAUGAGCAAGAACUGACCUACGCUGAUGUGAAGAUCGUGCAGCAGCAAUGGAGGCAGAUGCAUCAGACGGCAGAGAUGGAGGUGGAGUACGGCCAAGUCAAGUUUUCAGGGCGACCUCGGAAAACUGUUAAACCAACAGAAGAUGAAUCUCCUGUGUCCUCUGUCCUGCUGGACUCUGAAUGUUUGUCCCAGAGAGAGAUGAGGGUGUCCUGCUCCUCUGAGGGAGGGGACAGUCCUCAGUACAGCUGGACUCUGGAUGGACACACACUGACAGACGCUCAGCUCCUCUCUGGAAAUAAAGAGACCAACAACAUCACUCUGAAACAAGACGUCUCAGGACUACUGGUCUGCUCGGUCAGGAAUCACGUCAGUAAUGUCUCGAAAGAAGAGAAGAUAUCUAUGUGUGGCUUCAUAUUCAUCAACUGCACCUUACCCGACGGGACAAACAUAUCACAGUGGGUGUUUUCAGCCAAUAACACCCUGUGUAUUGAUCCAACAACAACCCCUCCCAUGAUCACAGACAUUACAGAUAACUCGCUGCUUGUGUUUGUUUUGCGAGCAGCUGUGGUACUUUCUCUGUUGGGUGGGAUUGCCAUCUAUUUUGCUUGGAAGAAGAAGAAAUACAACAAAGUUGAAACCUCCACCAGACCACAAAUAAAGGACCAUCCAGAGAACUCCUUCGCAAUGGUUGAAUUGUGA